CUUACAACUUCUCUGUGUCUGUGUCUGGGGGUUUUCACACGGGGGGCUCAGGACUUGGUCUUGCUCUGCUCUGGGUAGCGGGGAUCCGUUCUUUCUUUCUUUCUUUCUUUCCUUCUUCUCGUCGAUUGUAUUUAGUGGAGCUACACUCGCGCACACCACCAAGACAUUCAGAAUGAAGUGGGGUUGGGUGCUGUUGGGCCUGCUUAUGGCCUUCGGGCAGCUAGCUUGGGGCCAGAAAGGCUUGGACAUACCUGAAUACGACGGACGGGACCGCGUCAUCGACCUCAACAUGAAGAACUUUAAGGCAGUGAUGAAGAAGUACGACGUGUUCAUCAUUUACUACCACGAGCACAUUGGAAACAACCGUGUUGCCCAGAAGCAGUUUGAGAUCGAGGAGCUGGCCCUUGAGCUUGCAGCCCAAGUCCUGGAUGACCUAGAUGACGAAGAUAUAGGAUUCGGUGUGCUUGAUGAGAAGAAGGACAGUGCUGUUGCCAAGAAACUAGGUUUGGAUGAAGAAGACUGUAUCUAUAUCUUCGCUGAUGACGAGGUCAUUGAGUACGAUGGAGAGCUUGCUGCAGACACACUGGUGGAGUUUGUCUAUGAUCUGCUUGAAGACCCCGUGGAAAUCCUUGACAACAGGCACGAGCUGAAAGGUUUCUUCAACAUUGAUGAGGACAUCAAACUGGUGGGCUUCUUCAAGAAUGAGAAAUCUGACCAUUUUGAUGCCUUUGAGGAUGCAGCUGAAGAAUUCCACCCUCAUAUCAAGUUCUUCGCCACCUUUGACCCCAAGGUUGCUAAGGCUCUUGACCUCAAGAUGAAUGAAGUUGACUUCUAUGAACCCUUCAUGGAUGAACCUGUCACCAUCCCUGGAAAACCGUACACAGAGGAUGAGCUUGUUGACUUCAUUGAGGACAAUGACAGACCAACCCUGAGGAAACUGCAACCCCACAACAUGUAUGAGAUCUGGGAGGAUGAUAUUGAUGGCGAGCACAUCAUUGCAUUCGCCGAGGAGAGUGAUCCAGAUGGCUUUGAGUUCCUGGAGAUCUUGAAAGAAGUUGCUGAAGAUAACACAGACAACCCUGAUCUCAGCAUCGUCUGGAUCGAUCCCGAUGACUUCCCACUGCUUGUCCCUUACUGGGAGAAGAUCUUCGACAUUGACCUUUCUGAUCCCCAGAUUGGUGUAGUGGAUGUUGAUGACGCGGAUAGCGUGUGGUUUGACAUGGACGAUGAGGAUGACAUGCCCACUGUCGAUGAACUGGAGGACUGGAUUGAAGAUGUGUUGGAGGGGGAAAUAGACCCUGAUGAUGAUGACGACGAUGAUGACGAUGACGACGACGAUGAUGAUGAUGAUGACGACGACGAUGAUGAUGACGACGAUGAUGACGACGACGAUGAUGACGAUGAUGACGAUGACGACGAUGAUGACGAUGACGACGAUGAUGAUGACGAUGAUGAUGAUGAUGAUGAUGACGAUGAUGACGACGAUGAUGAUGAUGAUGAUGACGAUGACGACGACGACGACGACGAUGAUGAUGAUGACGAUUAUUAAAAAUGUUGCCAUCAUAUUCAACAUCACCAACCCAAUCCAAAGUUACUGAAUUCAUAUUGCUGUAUCAGUUACAAUCAACAUUAUUCAGAAUCUCCUCAUCAUUUGUUGUCUUGUUGUCAGUUGAUGUACUCAUGUGGUAUAAUUCAAUGUCCUCCCUCGUCACUAUGUUCACAAAGCAUACAGCCAAUGUCAUCCAGUAUCCAUACUAGGAAUUAGAAGUCUUUACUUUGCAAUACCUUGCAAACUUUCUAUCUAAGUACUCGCUACAUUUCUGCGUCACAUCACCUUUCACCAUUCUAAACACAAAUACAUAAUUAAAUAUCAAAUAUCACAAGAGGGAGGAGUAGCUCAGUGUUUCUUUCUCCUCUGAAAAAAAAAAUGUGUUUCAAUCUGAAUGUAUAUUUGUUUAAUUUCCUGGAUGGAUGUUUGCCCUGCCUCUCUCUGAUCGAACCUGAGAAUGCUGGUAAGGACUUCCUCCAAGUCACAGGCCUAAGCAACUUCCUCUCUUAAAUCUUUGUGACUUUGCUUUUGAAGACAGAAAAAAAGAGAUGGCACGACCUGCUUUACUUUUUUGGAGCAAAGGUGCUGUAAAUCAUCUGAACGUUUUCUACUGAUGAAAAAAAAAAACAACAACAGUAUUCUAUUUUUUGUAAACAAAGAGAACUUACUGUGAAGUCUUAAAAUAAAUAAUAAUGUGGGAAGA